UGCAAGGAAGAAGGAAGAAGAAAGAAAAAGAUGUGGAGCGAUUUGCUGUUGCUCUUGACUUUCAUCAUUUAUGCUGCUCCUAUGGUUGCCAGCUGGUCUCCUAAUGAUGGACGCAGAAGGAACAAAGAGAACUCUUCUCCUAGACGGGUAACUGGCUACAGGUCCUGGAAUUCUGACCUUUAUCCAAUUUGGAAGGCUGGGGACUCCAGGUGGCAUGACUGUUGGAAAGGAGGACCAAUUUCACUUGAAGUUAACAAUGAUGCCCCCACCUUAACUGGUGCUAAAGCCACAUUCUACAUUAACUUGAAAUUCCCUCAUAAUCAGACCAUCCAGUCUGAUGGAGAGAUCGUUUGGGCUGAAAACUGUACUUUGAAUGGUACACAAGUAACUGCUGGUGAGUCAGUGUAUCCCAAUGAUACAUGGCAGAACAGUGAUGAGGUGUUUCCAGAUGGAAGACCCUUUCCAAGGAUUGCUAAGAAGAAAGGAUCCAAAUUUAUCUUUGUGUGGCAAACACUGGGGAAGUACCAGCAGGUCGUGGAUGGUCCUUCCUCUCUGGUGGCUAUUGACACAGCAGAUGUUCCAUUAGGUUCUUAUACCAUGGAAGUAACUGUGUAUCAUUAUCGUGGACGUCAGAAAUUCAUUCCAAUUGGAAAAGCUUAUUCGCAGUUUACAAUCACAGACCAGAUUCUAUUCUCUGUUGAGAUUUCACAGAUUAGUGAUCUCAAUGAUGCUGACAACAGUUUCAUACGGAACCGGGCCAUCCUGUUUGGAAUUAAACUCCACGACCCUAGCCUAUAUUUAAAAGAUGCUGAUGUCAGCUUCUCCUGGAAUUUUGGAGAUGGAAGUGGUACCCUAAUUUCCCGGGUCCAUACAGUGACACACACCUACCUCUCAACAGGAGCAUUCAAACCACAUGUAAUCCUCCAGGCUGCCAUCCCAUCAACUGUGUGCAGCACAGCCAAUCCAACUAUUGAGAAUUCAAGUCCAAUGAUCUCAACUGUAGCUUCUGACCCCACAUCACCUCUACCUAUCACAGGAUCCUCUGUUGUGACCCCUGAUCUGAUUGUUUCCUCAGUAAAUAGCGAGCCUACUGCACGGGAGGUUACUACAGGAAAUACAGCUCCUUCUCAGCCAGCAACAGUUGAACCUGUAGCUGUAUCUACUCCAGUGUCUGAUUCCCCAGUACCACCUUCUGAGCAGCAGCCAAACAUAAUCCCCACUUCCACAGGAGACCCUAUUCCAGUUCCUUCUUCCACCAUCAGUCCUGUAACCCCUGCCUCCGAUGAUGCAAUAAAUGCCGCAAUUGCUGUCUCAGAACAAGCUAUAACUGCGGCAACCCCUGCCUCUGAUGAAACUAUAAAUGCAGCAAACACUGUCUCAGAACAAGCUAUAACUGCGGCAACCCCUGCCUCUGAUGACGCUAUAAAUGCAGCAACCCCUGCCUCUGAUGAAGCUAUAAAUGCGGCAAACACUGUCUCAGAACAAGCUAUAACUGUGGCAACACCUGCCUCUGAUGAAACCAUAAAUGCGGCAAACAUUGUCUCAGAACAAGCUAUAACUGCGGUAACCCCUGCCUCUGAUGAAACUAUAAAUGCAGCAAACACUGUCUCAGAACAAGCUAUAACUGCGGCAACCCCUGCCUUUGAAGAAGCUAUAAAUGCAGCAAAUACUGUCUCAGAACAAGCUAUAACUGCAGCAACCCCUGCCUCUGAUGAAACUAUAAAUGCGGCAAACACUGUCUCAGAACAAGCUAUAACCUUGGCAACUCCUGCCUCUGAUGAAACUAUAAAUGCAGCAAUUGCUGUCUCAGAACAAUCAACCACUGUAUCUGCCACAAUGUUGAUUCCAGAGAGUGAGACAACUGCUCUGGGCGCCAAUGAAGGACUGAUGCUGGUGAAGCGACAGGCUCUUGAAGAUCCAGCAGAUAAUUGCCUUAUCUACCGCUAUGGCACCUUCAGUACCACCAUCAAUAUUGUCCAGGGCAUUGAAAGCGUGGAAAUCGUGCAAAUAUCGAAUGUGGUGCCAGGUUCUGUGGCAGAGAUGCAGCAAAAUGCUGUGGAUUUCACGGUGACCUGUCAGGGAAGCUUCCCAAGUGAAAUUUGCACUGUUGUCUUGGAUGCAGACUGCAUAAAUCCUCAGCAAACUGACUGUAGUGAAGUGCUGCCUGCUGAUGAAUGUCAGCUUAUCCUUCGCCAAUUCUUCAACUCCUCUGGAACUUACUGCGUAAAUGUCUCUAUGACAAAUGCAGUCAGCUUGGCUGUUGCUAGUGCCCGUGUUGAUGUGAACCCAACUGCAGGUGGGACACCUAAUACGACUGAAGCAUUGGUACUUGUUGGGAUGUUGCUCAUUGCAAGUAUCAUUGGAGCUGUAGCCAUUACCUACAGGAAAUACAAGGAAUAUGCUCCACUGCAGCAGGACCCUUCGAGGAUUCAUACUGAGUGGAUCUCAGACAGGGCUGCUGUGAACAUUUUCCUAAGAAAUAUGUUCGGUUGUCAACAGAGUAAAGUCAGCGAGAACAGCCCUCUGCUGCAUGGGUGUGUCGUCUGAGACAUUUCACAUGGAUUAUGAAAUUGGAUUCAUGUUACUAAUAAAAUGUAACCAACCCUAA